AUACUAUCUUUUGACGUAGACUUACGUCUUUGUCGAAGGUACUGGGGUGUCAUUCCAAAAAACCCGGGCCGAAGGCCCUGGAUUACUGCGUCAUCCGUCAAACGCUUAUAUCUUCCUUCCCUCUAAUCGAAUCGACACGAUUUAUGUGCCAUUCGAUUCGAAAAUUAUUCAGCAAUUUGCUAUAAAACUUUCAUUGUUGGCAAAAUAGUUUAACUAUUGAAACAAUUGAAUGUUUUAAAAUGUUUUCAAAAUGCAGAGAUUUUGCAAGCAAAAUGAGCGCUUCCCACUCACGGACGGGAAUGUCAAGUACCUAUUUUGAGGGGAAAAUCAUCCGAGCAACGCGACCGAAUGUCGGUCGCAAAAAAGGAGGGGAAGUAGCGGGCCGAAAUCAUACAUAAGAACGUGCGCCAGAGCCCAUUCCAUCAUUCACGUCUCAGACGUCGGACCGGCAGCAGCAGCAGCAGGAAAGCUCAGCCCAGAGCAGCAGCAGCAGGAGAGAGACCAGAGCAGCAGCAGCAGGAGAGAGGGACCAGAACUGGAAAAGAAGUGCGCAUCGCCUUCUCGUCGUCACCGUCAGCCAGUUGCCUCUCGAUGGCCGGACCGUUAGGAUCUUUCGUGGUUGCUGUGGUUCGGAGGUGCUUCAAUCCCCAUCCCUCGUCCCACCCGGGACGAGGCAUCAACAAGAUGAGGCGCGCGCCUGCUGCCUUCCGCCGAAAAGCCUCUCGUGGGUCAAGCCUUGGUUGUUAAACAAUCGGGACAUCCAACUAGCUCGUCGCAUUCGCGGCGAGCGCUUUUGAAAGAUUUAUGUUGGAGCCAACUGCAACAGUGGAAGGUCGCACCUUUUCCACACGCCACUGGACUCGCGGUUGACAGCCAAGCCUGUCAAGCCGCGACUGUCGUGACAGUGCGUUGAGAAAGAUUGACAGUUGUCACCAAGAGGAAAUAAAAUCAUAACAGUUUAGAUAGAGAACAAACAACACGCGUUUUUAUUAGCCGGACAAGUCUCGUCCUUUUAAUCGUUUAAUUUAAUCAUCUUUGUGCCCGCGUACCACCUCGGCCACCGUGGGUACGUUUGGGGCUACAAAAGUGGCGACUCGGUGAUUGUUUUGACCGAGUUUUCUCGGUCGAAAUUUCGCCCACGCGGAAAAGUUUUCUCCGGGAAAGAUCCGGACGCGAGAUGGACGGUGCGUCCUCCAUGGACCAGCAGCCGGCGGGUCAGCAGCAGCAGAUGCCGGGCGGCGUUGCGCCAGUGGAGCAGCAGCCGGUGUCGGACGGGCAAGUCGCGGCGGGGCAACAUCAGCAGGCGUUCAUCCGUUCUCCUCUCCAUCCUCCGCCAGAACUCCAACGCUUGCUGGAACAACAGCGAGGUUAUGUGCACGAGAUGUUUCGGCAGCAACACGAGGUGGUCAGACUUCAGCUGGCACGGAUUCAGCAGCAGCAGCUGGAAUUUAUGCAGCGUCAAGGCCACGUUCUGCGAAACAUCGUCGCGGCGGUGAACGAGCAGGUUUCGCCGCACCCGGAGGCUCAGGAGUGCGCAAAAAUGAGCCACACGUUGGGCAACUGCAGGAGGGCUGAGGAGGUUAGGUUCGAGCAGCAGGAAAGCAACAUCGCCAGUUCGGUCGUUGAGGAUGUCAACACGGGCAGUGAUGGAGAUCGCCGUAAGUUUGUGCCGAUUGUAAACAACAAGUCGGCUCGUGUAAAUCUUGACACGGGAUCUGCCACCACCAAAGCAUCGACUAGAACGUGGCGCAAAGUCGGCUGUCAGCCGACGUCAACAUCCGUAGCGGAAGCAGUUGCGGCCCAAAUGCUGGAGGUUGACGGGAAGUUUUACUACGAGAUGACCGUCGGCGGGUGGACAUUCGUUGGUCUGGCCCGGGCGACACGUGAGCAGUUGUUUGGUUGCGACACGACUGACGGUUUCGGACCAUCGCAGUUGUCGAACGUAAACAUCUCGCAACAGGGUGGCAACUCAUCUCCAAUCGGUGGUAUUUUCAAGGCGGUGAUGAAGGUGGACUCCGGCUGUUUGAGCAGUUUCGUCGACAGAGAGCUGGCAGCGGACGUGGUACCUGGGUUCCGGAGUGCGGAACGCCGAACAACCGCAAAGUAUCGACCCCUGGAUGAAGUGCUGAACCAGCUCAAGCAAGAUCUGUUCUUCUCACCCGUGGCCAGUCCGGAGCGUUUACUGGUUGUGCGGGAGGAAGGUGAGCGGCUCCAAGGCAAGUACAAAUCUCGUCGCCAGUACAAACAUCAACAACCAGGCACGACGUCAGUGUUGGAAGCGUCGCAGCAGCUGACUGAACUGAAGCUGGCUGGACAGUGGAGGAUUUAUGGUCUCCUUGAUGACCUCGAGGACCCGCUAGCAAUGCACAAGAACAAGGCGGGGAGGAGCAUCACCACAAUCCAAAUGCAAGUGCUGGAAGUCUGUCCGAAGGCGUACGGAAGCAUUCCGAACCGACAGGAUGUCGGCUGUGCUUCGCCUUCUGAAGCGAUUUUGGAGCGCAUUCGAACAAAAUUGGAGUUUGAACCGCCACCAUCAACAACGUCAUCAGCUCUUACAAGCGAGCGAACGAAGCGAACUCGAAUGUUUGCACGACACGAUCCGGUGUAUUCGAAGUACACUGACAGCAAAAGGCAGUGGUCAACAGGUGUGGACUACGAUCGAAGCAACGAUGUGAUGGACGACCGACAAAUUGAACCACAUGCUGCCCAGCCACGCAGUCCUGCCGAUUGGGAUCCAGAACCAGAAACUGUGAAGAUAGCAGUCGCAGCGGCCGGGGAGUCUGGAACGUUUCUUGCGCUCGGGCUCUGGCUAUCUCAACAACCUCUUACCAACAUCACGAUCACCCCAGCAGUCCGUGUCGUCAAGGAGCGGACCUGCGCCAUCGGUACCGGUGCCAUGAUGUUCUUCAAGGUUGAAGGAUUCUGCAGUGGUUCGACCCGUACCAGUUCAAUUAAAGCGGGGGGAUGUUGGAGCCAACUGCAACAGUGGAAGGUCGCACCUUUUCCACACGCCACUGGACUCGCGGUUGACAGCCAAGCCUGUCAAGCCGCGACUGUCGUGACAGUGCGUUGAGAAAGAUUGACAGUUGUCACCAAGAGGAAAUAAAAUCAUAACAGUUUAGAUAGAGAACAAACAACACGCGUUUUUAUUAGCCGGACAAGUCUCGUCCUUUUAAUCGUUUAAUUUAAUCAUCUUUGUGCCCGCGUACCACCUCGGCCACCGUGGGUACGUUUGGGGCUACAAAAAUUUACGUCUCAUCAAAUUCUAGUGUUGAAAGAGUUGCCCUCGUCCCACCCGGGACGAGGCAGCGAGCUAAUUUGAAUUUAAAUUUCAGGAACAAAUUUUGGUCUUCGGGGACGACAGAUUGCACAGCUUUCUGACUUUCUGAGGCUGCUCUCGCCCCCAACCCCUAUGCCCCCUCUCCCCCUCUCCCCAUUCGGCUCGCUAAAAUUCCUUCGUCUCUUUCUUUCCUCUCUUUGCCGUUCGAAUGGGUGUUCCUUCCAAUAUAUAUAGCUAAUUCUUCAAAUUAAUAUAUGGAAAACCCACAUGUCCACAUAUCUAAAUUUUACGUAAGUCUACGCCAUUCCGGUUAUGUCUGUGACAUAACUACUUUGACUUUUUUUUCUCUAUCUCUCUCUUCCUCUCACACACGCACAAAUACACGCAGACGACAUGAAACGAACUCACCCGAAAAACUUCUCAUCGGUGCUUGUUUUGCCAUCUUCAACAACUUUGUGGCAAAUAAACCCUAAAUUCACCAUUCCUUUUCAGACCAAAUUUUUGACAUUUCCAAACCACAACUUACGAUCAACAUGCUCUUCUCUCUUUUCUUAAAAAGAUUUCACUUUCAAACAACACCAAUGUUAUCUAGUUUGUUGAAUCGCUUUUACGCACUUUUUUUUUAUCUAAAAUCACGAUAAUUUCUUUUAUACUUCCAUUCCACCACUACAAAAUUUUCGAAAAAUGGAUUUCACUACUUGACAUAAUAAAACACAAAUCUAAUUCGCAUCGAAUAAUUUUUCAAGCACUUUUUGGGCAGAGCAUGUCGUACGCCCAUUCAUCAUAUAAAAAUAUUGCUUCCUGAAUUAAACUUGUCCCCUUUCUAGCCAAAACUCGAUGCAAGCGCUUAAAUCGGUAAUAACAAAAAUUAAAAUGCUUGGGAAAGUAAUAAAAAUUCAAACACAAACCAACACAACAACACACGCGAACCGAUCGAGACAAAUGUCACUUUGAAGCUUUCCCACAGCUGACAGCGCGCUGCCCUACAGGAAAGAGAGAGUGACGUCUGGUAGCGUCUGAUUUGUGCACAACCGAUGAAGUUUGCAACGCACUAUCAAAAACAAUGAAAAAAUAAACUCCUCGUGGAUCACCCAACGCAAAUUUUUAAACACUUCAAAAUCACACAAAAACUAGGAACCUUCACUAUCUUGUAUUCGAAGACGUACGAAAUCGGCUCUUACUCGAAAGGCAAACGCACUCGACCAGUGCUGCCAAGCCAGUCAAUAGGACACUUGCAAGGAACCAGAGCUAUACUGUUCUGAUCAAGAUAAUUCGGAUGAUCUAACAGAACUACGGAUGUAGUUAGUUGCGCUCCUUCCAGGAUGUUCCUUACGUAGACGUCAACCGAAGAGCACGCAACAAGGUCAGUGCCAUUGCAUGCUCUUAGGUAUCAAUCUUUGGCCUGCAGGUAAGGGACAAGUUAUAGCAAUAGAAAAAUAAAUAAAUGGAUAGAUUUUACUAAAUUUUAUCUUAAAACAAAAGGAAAAAUCUAGCUUGUUUUUGAAAAUAGCCAAUGCACCAAUUGCAAACAUACAGCAUUUCACGUUCACACCGUACGGAGUAAGUGUGAUAAACUAUAUGUCCACAUUCGGCGCAUCACCUUUUUCAAAAUACAGGAAUUGAUAGAAAGAAGAUCUCAUUCUGUAUAGUGGAAGACGUCUACAACACUUAGAACUCAGACCAGAAAUAAGAGAGAAUAACAAAUAUUAAAAUUGUGGUAUUAUCACUAAAUCCUAUCAUCCUUUCACCCCCCAAGACAUGGUCUAUCCUUCGUGCCUUCGUGUCGUGCGAAUUCUACCUUCUUCAAUGAUCUUCGGAUCACCUCCAACUAGAAUUCACAACAGGACCUCUCUCGGCUCCAGUUUACAAUAUGACAGCGACGAGAACACAGCCGAAUGGGAGUUGACAGUAUCAAAUACAUGCUAUACCCUUUGCUUUGCUGGAUACUUACUAAUAGCAAAGGGCGAGAGUCCUGCGACUCUCAGCAAUCAUGAAUACUGCCCAUUUGCCACAAUGUGGAUGGUUUGAUUUUUUUUUAUAUCUUUUUUCAUAAGAGAGACCAUACCUUCUUCGGGAAAGUUUUAGAGAACAUUCAAGGCUACACUCCUACGUUAUUGGUUUUAAAUUUUAGUUAAACCUGAAAAUUAUAAAAAUCAAAAUACAAAAAAGUUGUUUUUUUUUUAUAUUAAAUCCUAUACAAAAUUGAAUCGCUUUGUGCAAAGUGUGGGCUGAGCCAAUCGCUCCCAAAUUUUGGGAGGUUGUGUUUGAAAAUUUCCCAGUCUAAUGGAUACUAAUCAAAGGGGUCGUCCAUGAAAUAUUUCACAAUGCAAAUUAUGGCUUAACAUAUUUACAAAAAAGUUAUUUGAUGCUUUAUAAACUUAACUCAUAAAUCAAACACGAUACAUGGUUUAUAGGGGUGGUUGGGGCCUUAAAUAUUGAGAAAUAUUUCAUGCACGACCCCUUUGAUGGUGCAGCCGCAAAGUAAUCAAAAGUACCGUGCGCCUCCAUUUAUACAGUUAAAAACUGAAAAUAACAAAAAUUCAAAAAUCCUUCGGUGAAAUAUUUUCUAGGUUACAGAUAUCAAAAAAGGGUCCCCUAAGCUACCUUUCCACGGAAAAACAUUUUAGGUACAUUUAAUUUCAAUAAUAAUUGCCUUCUGCCAUGACGUGGACCAAUUUUAUAAGAUAAAAUAAAAAGGGAUUUAAAAUACAUAAACGAAUUAAUGAAAACAUCCUUUAAUGUGUGUUACUUGCAUCAUCUUUAAUGCAACUUAUUUUCCAACUGAGCCAACAUUAGGCAUUGGUGGCAGCUUGGCGUUUCUUUUUGCCUAGCUUAGGUUUUUGAGAGUUAAGAAUAGGUCUCUUCCAUUUCUUCUCGAACUCAGACGU